UAUUGAACACAGCAACACAACACUAUGCAAACACUUUUUCAAUUUAUCACUCAUGUGUGUUUGACACUUGUUGAUGGCACAACAAAAUGGCAUAAAUGUCAAAUCUUUAUACCGCACACUGCAUUGGUACGCCAUCUGUUUUCUCAAAUCCGCAUUUCAUACUUGUACACCUGGUAUAUUAUAUAUAGUACACACCAUAUUGAGUAAAAAAAUCUUAGUGAAUAUAGAUCAAAUGCUUCUGAAAUAUAAACAUUUUUAUAUGUCAGCAUCAUAAAUGACUUACUAGCUUUACAAGGUGUUCUACAAGUCCUCCUUCCAUUUCCAUACAUGUUUGGCAUCUUGUUUUUACAGAGUCACGAACUUUGUCCAAAAUUCCAGGUCUCUGUCGAAUUAUUUCACAAGCAUGCUGGAUUCGGUCACAUAAUUUUUCUACAUUCUGUCAAAUAAAUACCGGGAAUUGUUCAGUGAAAAACAAAAUAUUGGUUUAAUCAUCCAAAUUUAUUUUGUCGCCUUCAAAAUAGAUGCUAUUUGAAGCGAUACACUUAUGUCAACGAAUAAUUCAGUCGUCGAAAUACUUUUUAUCAGCACUUUCCGGUAUGGCCUGCAGCUCCUCCUGCGAAUUUGGUUUCAUGGUUUUAAUGAAUUCAAAACGUCUUCCAUGAGGUGGUAGUUUAUGUUUGGGGAACAGGAAAAAGUCACACCAAAUCUGGCGAAUACGGUGCUUUGUUGAUGACAUUCGUUGAAUUUUUGGUAAGAAAUUUGUGUGCAAGAGUCGAUGUAUGGGGUGGCGUAUUAUCGUGGUGCAAAAUCCAAAAAUUGUUCUUCCACAAAUCUGGCCUUUUCCUGCGAAAAUUCUUUCUUAAACGCCUCAUGACGCCCAGAUAAUAUUGUGUUUCCUUCCAUUAGUAUUUUCUUCACUUUUUCGAUGUUUUCUUCAGUCGAAGACGACAGGUGACGUCAAAACUCUAUAUUACAAUUAGAUACACUGGUACCAACUUACAGUAAAAAAUUUAUUUUUAUAAAUUUCACACCGGCUUUUGAAAUGAACAAUUCCCGGUAUUUAUUUGACAGAAUAUAUGUCAUUUAUUGAUGAAGAAUACACUUUGCUUUUCAAAUAUCCCCAUAAAAAAAAGUCGAAACAUAGUGUAUUCUUCGCCAACAAAUGAAAUAAAAGAAUUAUGUAACCGAAUUCAGCGUACUUAUGAAAUAAUUUGGCAGAAACCUGGAAUUUUCGAGAGUUUGCGACUCUGUAAAAAGAAGAAGCCAAGCAUAUAUGGAAAUGGAAGGAGAACAUGUGGAACACCUUCUGUAAAGCCAGUAAGUCAUUCAUGAUGCUAAAAUACAAAAAUUUAUAUCUUAAAAACGGUUGAACUUUCGAUUUAUUUUCACUAAGGUUUUUGCACUCAGUAUGGUACGUACUGUCUACCAUAUAAAUACUAAAUGGUUUUGGAAACACCAUGUAUACAUACAGGGUGUCCCAUUUUAAAUGCCGACGGUAUGUCAAUUUUGAAGCUUCAUAUUUUGGAAAUGGCUUGGGCAAAAGACAAAAGUAGGUUGUGUUUUGAAAACGUCUCGAUAAAAGCUACAAGAAAAUGCAAUAAAAAAGUGGGAAGUUCUAUUUAAGAAAACAUCGGUCACAUUGACCUGCCCUUGAAAAAGUGACUCAAUUAGAUAUUUUUAUCAUGUGGCUUCCUUGCAACUUUUGCAUGUGUAAACCAUGCAAUUUUUGUCUGAAACAUUUUUCUGCAUCUUCUAUUUUUCGAUAUUUUUGCCAUUCAUUUUUCAAUGCUUGGCCAAUGCAUAAGUUCAUCCGAUUUCGAAAUCUGUUCUCUACCCUCUGCAAUGUUAGUGAAAUAUUUCGAUAUGUUUCCAUUUCAGACAUUUCAUAUCUUCGAGUGUCGUAGGCUCAAAUUGGUAAAUAAUAUUUUUCAAAUAGCCCUAUAGAAAAAAAUCCAAAGCGGUCGAGUCUGAUGAACGUGGUGAAAAUUCUACAGUUUCACCUAUGCCAAGCCAGCCGUUUCGAAAAACGUUAUUCAGCGUCCAACGAACAACACAAGCUCUAUGAGCAGACAUAUGUAUCACACAUGAAGAUUGCGUCCAAGUUUACUGUGGCUGUUCCCACUGUGUCAAAUGUCUGGUUUAAUACUCUAUUAAACUACAUCUAUAAGUUUAUGCAAGUUUAUGCCCUGAAGCCAGAAGUGUUAAUUUGUGGUAUGAUUCUGGUAAUAAUUCUGAUUUACGUGCAAGCUGUGGAUGUGUGGAGUAGAUCUCUUCUGGCCAGAAUUCAUUAUACUCUGGGGCGCACAACUUCUAAGGUGUCUAAACUGCAAUUUUUGGUUGACGAUUCUAUAAAUAAUGGAGUGAAACCUAAUUGGGAGUUAAAAGAAGGUUACAUUGCAGCAUAUGCUAUGCAAGGGCACAGAGCUCGAAUGGAAGAUCGCUUCGUAGUGAAUGAAAAUAUGAACAGUACUGGAGUUUCUUUGUUUGCAGUAUUUGACGGUCAUGGUGGAGAGUUUGCAGCCAACUAUGUUCGAGACAAACUUAUUUCUAACAUUAAUCAGAAAAUAAUUGAAUUAAAAAAUAUGUUGGCGGGCAAAGGAACCAAAAUUUACGAUCAAGGUGAACGAACUAUGGAUGAAAUAGGAAAAAAGGAUAAUAAUGAUAGCAAAGACGAAAAAUCGUUGCAACAAAAAAAAUCCUUUCGAAAAGUUGCCAGUACUUCUUUAACAGACGAUUGCAUGAAUGAAUCUUUUAAAGUGUCUGAUCCAGAAUUGUUAGAUAAAUUGGAGAGCUUAUCACCGAUUACAAGAAAGAUGCCGUUCGGAAGCGACAUCUCUGGCGCGAUCCUGAGCGUACGGCGACUACAGAGAGAAACAUUGUUAUUGUACCAAAUGGUAUAGCUGUCAGUCUUUCAAAGUCAAGUUUCUUUUGAAAUACAAUUAAGUAAAAGAUCAAUCCUAACGUCCGUAAUUUAUACAAUAAAAUGAAGUAGCUGACGAAGUCGAAAUCUAUUUUAAAACUUCUACGAGGGCUGUAUGAUAAGUACCCCCCUUAUAGAAAUAUCAUAUUAAGAAUUAUUGAUAAUUACUUAUUAUCCAGUAUUUUUAAUAAUGAAAAUAAGUAUAAAUGAUUCUUUGUAUGAUAUUUCUAUAAGGGCCGUGUUAGGGAAGGAAACGCAUUUUAAACAUUUUUUUUUGCUUAUUUUUCAACAUAGUCUCCUUUCAGCUCAAUAUACUUAAUCCAGCGAUAUUCUAACAUUUUUAUACUACCAGGUCUGUAAAUAUAAAACCGGAAUUUGCCCAUAGAUGGCCCUAGCUGUCAAUGUAGUUACCGUCAAACGCCAAUGGCGUCAUUGGCGCCAUUUCCUUGUUGACAUCUCUGACAAAAA